AUGCGCUUUUACUCGGUUUUGAUAGCACAGAAAAGCGCUCUGCCGCCAACCACGGCUCGUCCCUGGACGGUGUUAUAUCGGUCCGACUCUGGUUUCCGCCGUAAUCAUAACCUUUUGCGGACUUCUUCGACGGCUAGGGCACUACUACCCACUCGUUCUAGUUUUGAUCUCAAGUCGAUACGGAAAUUCUUGGGCGAUGGUUCUGUACCAGUUAGCGCUCUUCUCGCCGUCUCAGAGUCAUCUAAUGCACCAUCGCCUUGGCUGGUUGCCGGAGCUGUCGUAGGGUUACCCCUUGCGUUAUGGAUUUACAAGCGAAAAGUGCUUGAUGAUGGUAGUAUUUCAACGAAAGAUAAUUUAUAUGGGUGGUAUACCAAUCGGAAGUCGCUCAGAAGAAUUACGAGGAAUGCCGGGAACCCACUUCAUCGAAUUCCCAAGCUCCGUUUGCUGGUCGAGACGCUGAUGGGCAGCUUUGAACGAGAAGUAAAGGUAGUCGCAGUUGCGCCGCGUUCAUACUGGAAAUCUACCAAGCGAUCACCUUCCGAGGCGGGCUUCUUGUCAGAUUACACCGCCGUCCUCGAAUGGAUUUCGACUGCAUAUCCUCAUUCGCCGGUUGUCCUGUACGGACAUUCCAUUGGUGGUUCGAUUGCUGUGAACUUGCUGGGCUCUCUUCCGACCGGAAGUACAUCAUUAGCAUCGCGUGUGCGCGGACUCGUGCUCGAAAAUGCUUUUACGUCAAUUCCAGCUAUGGUUCGUGCGGUGUAUCCUUCGAAAUGGUUGCCUUAUUAUUACCUCGGACCGCUAGUAUUUGACAAGUGGGAUGCGCUUUCCGCCAUUCGACAAUGUGGUUUAUCGCUUUCACCCCCUAUGGCACCUUCCUCCGCGCUUCAAAACGUCAUACUCAGCUCUCCCUCGAUCCUCAUAAUCAAUUCAGAAAACGACGAGCUUGUUCCAUCUCAAAUGGGAGAACAAAUACUUGACGCCGCCUCAAAAGUCCAUCAAGAACUUUCAAACCCUCUGGGAACCGGUCCGAGACGGGUGGUGAUCCCGGGAGCUUUGCACGAUGGCGCAUUUACAAAGCGACAAUGGAGGGAGGAAAUACGGGCCUACAUAGCCGGAGUUGCUGCUAUUGAUUCGUACAGGAAAUGUGGGUUCGGAAAAGGUACCAAUGAAGAUCGUACGCUAAACCUCAAAAGUCUUGCAGAGGAACACCAUUACUUUUGA